CGCCCCCCGGGGCAGCUGGGCGGGGUAAUGCCCUCCGUGAUGGAGAAGCCGAGCGCGGGCUCCGGGAUCCUGUCCCGCAGCCGGGCCAAGACGGCGCCCAACGGCGGGCAGCCGCACUCGGAGGAUGACAGCAGCGAGGAGGAGCACUCGCACGACAGCAUGAUCCGCGUUGGAACCAAUUACCAGGCCGUAAUUCCGGAGUGCAAGCCUGAGAGCCCUGCACGCUACAGCAACAAGGAACUGAAGGGGAUGCUGGUGUGGUCGCCCAACCACUGUGUGUCAGAUGCCAAACUUGACAAGUACAUUGCGAUGGCCAAGGAGAAGCACGGCUACAACAUUGAGCAGGCACUGGGCAUGCUCUUGUGGCAUAAGCACGAUGUAGAGAAGUCACUGGCCGACCUGGCCAACUUCACCCCGUUCCCUGACGAGUGGACUGUGGAGGACAAGGUGCUGUUUGAACAGGCCUUUGGCUUCCAUGGCAAAUGCUUCCAGCGGAUCCAGCAGAUGCUGCCUGACAAGCUGAUCCCUAGUCUGGUAAAGUAUUACUAUUCGUGGAAGAAGACCCGCAGCCGGACCAGCGUGAUGGACAGACAGGCUCGGCGGCUGGGGGGCCGAAAAGACAAAGAAGACAGUGAUGAGCUUGAAGAGGGACGAGGAGCCGUGAGUGAGGGGGAGCCAGAUGCUGGAGACCCCAAGAGAGAGCCUCUGCCCUCUCGGCCCCUGAAUACCCGCCCAGGCCCUGGGAAGAAGGAGGCCCAGGGGUCUCAGUACCGCCACCACCCGCUGCGAACCCGGCGUCGCCCACCCAAGGGCAUGUACCUGAGCCCCGAGGGCCUCACCGCUGUGUCAGGAAGCCCAGACCUUGCCAACCUCACGCUUCGAGGCCUCGACUCGCAGCUCAUCUCCCUCAAGCGCCAGGUGCAAAGCAUGAAGCAGACCAAUAGCGGCCUCCGCCAGGCGCUGGAGGGUGGCAUCGAUCCACUGCGCCCCCCUGAGGCCAACACCAAGUUCAACUCCCGCUGGACCACGGAUGAGCAGCUCUUGGCCGUGCAAGGUGCAGAUCACGUCCGUGUCGACAUCCGUGCCCCGAUCGCUGCCCCCCGUGCCGCCCCCUCCUCCGCCUCCCACCUCGCUGUCCCAGCCGCCCCCGCUGCUGAGGCCACCUCUGCCGACGGCUCCCACUCUGCUCCGCCAGCCACCCCCGCUCCAGCAGGGCCGUUUCCUCCAGCCCCGGCUGGCCCCCAACCAGCCCCCACCACCUCUCAUCCGCCCGGCUCUGGCUGCCUCCCGCCACAGUGCCCGCCCCGGCCCUCAGCCCCCACCCACCCUGAUUGGAGCCCCGCUGGAGCCUCCAGCACCGUCACUCUGAGCCCUGCGGCCCUCCACCCGCCAGAGGCUCCAGAACCCCGUGGCUGGCCGUCCUUGGACACCUCUGGCUUCACUGAGGACAGAAGGGACUAGAGCUCUUGGCCAGGUCUUUCGAAGACCCGGAGCUGCCAGUGGGCACAGUCUGGACCUCUGGGUUCUGCACUUGUUUCUGGCAGCUGAGGCUCCACCCCCCCACCCGAGCCCGGGGGCGGGGACUCAGGGGCCUUCUGAACUGGCCUGAGGGUACUUUUCUCUUCCUGGCUGGGGCUGGAAUGGCUGCCUCCUAGUCUGCUGGGGCUUGGCCUUUGGGCCUUGGCCUUCGUGUAGAGGGGGUAGUGACCUUAGCUUGGGGGA